AUGGUGGAGCGGUUGAAUUUGUCCUUGGAAGCCGUGUCCGAAUGGGGCGAGGCCAACUUGGUUGGAUUCAACGCCACCAAAACACAGGCGUGCCUAUUCACCGCAAAACGGAGCCAGUUCACCUUGGCUCCCACUUUCCGGAAUGUGUCCCUUCCCGUGACCAACCGUCUUGAGCUUCUUGGUCUAAGUCUAAAAUCGAACCUAAACUUCGGGUCGACUAUUGAGUCCAGGGCUAAAACUGCUGCCAAGAAACUUGGUGUCCUAUUUAAGGUGAGGCGGUACUUCACGCCGAGUCAGCUUCUCUCCUUAUACCAAGCACAGGUCCGUUCGUGCAUGGAAUACUGCUGCCACCUUUGGGACGGUUCCGCCAAGUAUCAGCUGGCGGCCCUGGACUCAAUAGAGCGCCGGGCUCAUAGACUUUUAGGCGAUGACCCAGCUGUCAAAUCGAAGUUACAGAGCCUCGAUCAUCGCCGAAGAGUCGCAUGUCUAUCGGUGUUCUAUCGGAUACAUUCUGGAGAGUGCGCACAAGAGCUGCAUGACCUGAUCCCACCAUCCCCUUUCCAUCAUCGGACAUCCAGGCGCGGGGAGCGAAUGCACCCGUUCGUGAGAUAA